AGUCCCGCCAGUUUAACGCGGGCGCUCGAACGUUACCGCUGUGCCUGCGCGAACGAAACGCACGCAAUUCGAAAUUCGAACGCGCGUGAAAAUUAGAACUUCCGAAUUUUAAAUUACAAAAAUGGUCAAAACCAAAGACGGAGACGGGAUAAAAAGCCACCUGAUUAUAACGGAAGUACAGAAAAGACCUUGCUUGUUUGAUUCUAACCAUCCUAAUAAUGGUGACAGGGCUGAAAAGGCAAGGUGCUGGGAUGAGGUGUACGCGAGCGUGGUUCCUGGGUACGCAGCUCUCGGACUCACGGAGAAGUUUGCGGCUGGCAAAGAAGUCCAAAAAAGAUGGCGCUCCAUACGGGACUCUUACACCAAGGCGUAUCGCCAAGGCAAAUGCGUACCCGCAGAACAGUGUACACCGGGCAGCCGCCGAUACCAAUACCACGCCCAGAUGUCGUUCCUACUGCGAGCGCUGAAGAACAAAAAACCAAGAUACUCACAGGACAAAUACGAGUCGUUCUCAGAAAUCUCCAAUUCACCACAACACCCGCCACCAGAGGACCCGCCAUUGUCCAAAAUUAAGCACGAACUCAUCGAUAGACCGCUAGACCUCAAAACGAGACCUGAAAAACCUACGCAGGAUAAAAGCAACCAAGCUACAAUACAAGAGAAAAAUUCAUUAGAAAUCAAAAUAGACGCGAACUCAAUAUUACCUGACGAUCACUUCGACGAUGACAAAUUGUUUAUGAACUCCCUACUUCCUUUAUUUAAAAAAAUGGACGAUGACACUAGAUUAUUAUGCCGCAUAGAAGUUUUAAAAAUAAUAAGAUACGCGUUAAAAGGCCAUAAGUGUUUUGAAGCUUUGAGAAUGGCGGAAGAUAGUUUUUUCAGAGACAGAAUGAGCGGGAUAUUGGCUAAGCAGGAGGUUGUGGAAGAAAUCAACACGCCUAAAUCUACGUUGUCUAUGACUACUCGGUCUGCUGAUGGUAGCAGACCGGUUAGGAAACGAAGAAAUCGAUCUCCGUCCCCUCUACCAAUGCCAGCUAAAAGAAGAGGCCCCGGUCGUCCUAGAAAGGUCCGCCCGCCUCCAUCUGACUCCGACGAAGAACAGCUCUCGAAGAAACGCGGACCCAAGAUGAAGGUGGUCCCUCUGGAGGUCCCCAGAAUGUCGGAGAUGGACGAGUCGCUCAGCAAGGCGACUAGCGUAGCUCAGCUCUCCACGCCGCUGUUUAUGAAGAUGUACAACCUCGAACGCUCAAAGACGCCCACAACACUUCCCAAUCCACAGAACAUGCAAGUUUCCAUCAAGACGGAGCCAAUCGACGAUCAGGAAUAUUAGACUCUUAUGCAAACGAGUUAAAGCUCAAAUUUUAUUGUGAUUUCACAUUAUUCUUAUUGGAGGUCCACGGAUUUCAACCGUGUAACUUGAUCCAGGUGUAUUCUCUAACACGAUGAGCUUAUGGUUCAAAUUUCUUAGUAAUAUAUGUCAUAUCACCCGUGAACCCAAGGCCUUGUUUUGCGUAUUAGACUAAUGGAAUGAGUUUAAGGUUCAAAUUUCAUUUUGCUUUCACAAAGUUGUGUUAAGAGGUACACGGAUUUCACCCGUGUAACCUAGGUUUUAUUUGGAUUAAAGUUUAAGAUUUUAUUUUCGUUUUGAUUUCAUAUCACACGUGUUAGAGGGUUUUCACAUUGUUCGAUCCGAUUUCGGGUGUUGGAUGAGAAAAACAGCUCGUAGAAAAUGCCCUAUGGCAUCAAGUUCUUUUAUCCUUGCAUUAACGAUUUCUUUUGAACAAUAAACUAUAAUUAAAUGAAUAAAAAAUAUUAAUAAAUAUACUUUUUUUACUUGUGUCUUUAUAUUGGUAUCCGACAUCCGAUCGGACAAUGUGCCAAUGCUCUGAGGGGUACACGGAUUUCAGCCGUGUAACCAACAACGCUUUGGUUUGUGGUCAUGUAGUAAGUACUUUGGUACCAAUGUUACAAUUUCUGGGAUGAAAUCAUAUCAUUUAAUGUAAACGUGUAAACAUAUAUGUGCUUGAUUCGGUUGCCUUCCUAAAAUUAUUAUUUAAAUUAAAUAAAUUUAUGUCCAUUUGAGAAAAACAGUCAACUGUUAGAAUGAUUUAUUAUUUCAAACAGUAAAUUUUUUUUUUAUUAAGAAUAUGUAUUAUUUGUUAGUUUGAUUGUGAUAAAUGUAAUAGAUAUGCUUCGCCAUUUAUUUAGUUAUUCGUAGAAUCGGUUAUAAUUCUAACAGAGCAUUUCAUAUUUAGAAUGUAAGUUAUGUUAAGUAGGUAUGGGUAGUGGCCAGCAAAAAGUUACAUUGUGGUUAAGAAGCAUACGAUCGGUAAACCUGUUGGUAAGUGAUGACCGGAGCCUAUGAACGCUUGCAAAUGCAAGUACUUGUAGGAUUGUAGUAUGUAGAUUAAUUGAUUAUUGAUGAUUAAAAUUAAGGGACAAAUGCAAGUCGUUUACCGUGAACACAGCACAUUUGUCGAUCUCAGAACAAUUAGUAUGAAAAUAUUUACAUAAAAACAUAAUCAUUUUGCUGGUCACUACCAAAUAAAGUAAAAUAAAUAUUUUUAUAGAAGUCACAUGGUAAAUAUUAGUUGAGAAAUAGAGCCUGAAUCUAAUCUGGUCACUAAAUUCAGAUCAAAGAUACAUUGAUUGAGUAAGAUGUGUAAAAUCUAAGUCAAAUUCUUGAUUCGAACUUGACAGGUAAACUAGAUGGCGCUGCACAGCUCCACACAUUUUGCAGUAACUCUGAUUGUCAAAAGUUCACGUUUGACAAUUCAGUGACCGCAAAACAUAUAGCGCAGUUGUUACAGAUGUCAAACUAAGGGGCACGUCUUUUUCUACCUCUCUAUUACAAUCAAUUAUUUUUGAUUGAGAUAUACAUAUUAUAGACUUGGCAACUGUAUUUUUGUAUGGAAUAAUCGCUAUGGGAAAAUCUAAAAGUGACCAUAGAGAUUCAGGUUCAGAAUUCCUGAAAAUAGGUUCGUGGGUGAACCUAAAUAUAUCCGAAGUAUAGUGGAUACUGUGUUGUCUGUCGUUAACAUUCCACGUAAAAUAAGACAAUAAUGUCGUGAGGACAGUAAAGAAGAAAUAAAUACUUUUUCAAAAUAA